AUGAGCGCGCUGCACGAAGUCUCGCAAGCCAUGCGGCUCGCCGCCGCAGAGCUGGAGGCGCAGGCCGCGCAGCAGCCCUUGCCGCCGCCGCCGCCCCCGCGGGGGCCACCUCCGCCGGAGGCGCCGCCGGCCUGGACGCACCGCGGCCCCGUGCACGCCGCCCCCGCCGCAGGGGCGGCCGGCGGCUGGGGGAAGGCGGACGCUCCAUGGUCGCCGCUGCCGCGGUGGAUCUGCGAGCCGGAAGCGCCGAUGGAGCCGUCGGCGUACCGGAGACCGUGCAGGAGAUCGAGUGACGUCGAGGAGAGGCGCAGGGCCGCGCGAGCGCAGCGGCCGCCCUCGGCGCCAGCGUGCCGUGCUGGGCGCUUCCGCCGACGAGCUCCGCGCAGGGAGCCCGGCGUGAGCUCCCGGAGGGGGGCCCAGACCCCACGCGGCUCGCCGCGGCCCCCGCGCGGACGCGCGCCUCGACUGGCACGGGCGGCGCGCGGGGCCCCCCGAGAGAGAGGGAGGGCGCUGCUGCCUGCCAGUGUGGCCCCCGGGGCGUGCUCCUCCCUUGGGCCGCCGGGCGCCGCCAGGAGGCCAGCGGGUCCCUCGCGGGAAGACCGACAUCGGGGGGAAAUUGGUCCUGAGGUGUUUCGCCGCUUUCGGCCAACUGGGGCCGAUCAGUAG